AUGGCGCCCAACCUGGAGGUGCGGGCCCGCAAAUUCCGUGCAAUAUUCGACAGAGCAAAAGCUACAUAUCUGAAGAAAAAUCAAUGUGAUAAUCAGGUAAACAGGCCUUCAUUCUGGGGCUGGCUCCCGGUCGAGAUCCAGAUCAAUAUUUUUAGCCACUGUCGUCUGCAGGAUAUAGUCCACUUGCGGCUGGCCUCCAGAGCCUUCACCACUCUCAUUGAUACCCACGAAGAAGCGAUUUCGCGGAAAUAUCUACGGCUUCGACGACAUGGAAGUUUGCCGUCUCCCAUCGAUGAAUCAAGAACAUAUACACGGGAGCCGGAGGACGACGUGAUCCUCCUCUCUGAUUUGUUUCCCCCUCCCCGGCGUGAAAAUAGCGACCAGGGCGUCUAUACUUUUCGAUAUCUCUGGAGUUUGCGGAAGCGCCAGGAAGUGUGUUCGAAGUUGUCGUACUAUCUUGCAGAUAGAGUGCUGGAUAGAUAUAUGCAAACUUCACCGGAAAAUGAACCCCCGUUUGCCUCCAAAAAGGAUUUACAGGCCUCUCAUGAGUGUCGGGUAGCUCAGCUGCAAUUCAAGCUCACCCCUCUCAUGUGUGUAAAUAUAUACUUACUUCUCGAUGCUACCCCCAUAUCCAUCGAUCAGAUUAUGAUUAUCUCCAUAUUGACAAUCACUCCCAGGUUUUACACCCUCUUUUUCCUAGAAACCUACGCCCGCGCCCGCCUCGACCUGCAAUCCGAUCUCUACGCCACAUACCUAGCCGGUCGACUCCCCGUCCCAAUCCAACCUCCCGACCGCUCUCGAAUGUUCCGCAAACUGCAAGCCGAAAUCGUCAGAACCCCUCCCUUCACCAACACCCGCACCUUAAUCUCCACCCACCACUGCACCCACCUUCUGGUCUCCUAUCUGCGCUUCACGCUCUCUCCAGAACCACCCUUCCACACAUCGUGUGACCCAUGGAUCAGCAUGCUGCUUACCACAUCCGGCCUGGGCCGUAUUGCUGAAUUUUUUGCAGCGGAAAAGGGCGGGGGGAAUAACCAACGGACCAUGCGGAAGGAGUUUAUGCGCAAUAUGCAGGCGGAUUGGGACGCGAGUAGGAACGAUGUGCGGGCUUGCAUGGUGUAUGGGGAUGGGGAGGAAAGCGUGAAACCGCCUCCUAUACGGGAGAUUUGGUUUGAAGCGGCAAGGACUGAGAUGCGGGUUCGCGGGGUGUUGCCGCAUCAGACGGAGGAUUGGGUGGAGGUGAGCGGAGGGGCGAGGAUUAGCAUUGGUUGUCAGAACUGUGUAUCUGAAGAUGGGUGGUUGGCAUGA